UCUGCCUCCCAGAGUGCUAAACUGCAGGCAUGCGCCACCGCGCACGGCCAACUAAAAAUUAAUUUCAAUAUCAAAGAAUUUUCCUGGAUCCCCCGUUGACUUCUCAGGGAGAUGCUAUUUCCCAGAGAGCUGAGCUGCGCCAGCCUCACUGGCGGGUUUCCUUUCCAUAACCCGGAAAAAAGGCGCCCAGAGCGAGAUUGAGGGAGCCUGAGGUGCUGCCCCCUUCUCGCCCCCGCGGACUUUUCACAGCACAGGCAUCUCCUCCCCGCAUCCCGCCGCGGCACCUUAAGGCCCUGCUCUGGCCACGCCCAGGCUCCACCCACCACAUCUUGUCCCCUCCGCGUCGUGGUCAGGCCCCGCCCAGCUCCUCAGGGGUCCCGCCCCGGUCUGGCUUCUGUCCUGCGCUGAUUGGUACGGACCCGGAAGCGGAUGGCGUCGACGGGAAGUCUCACCGCACCGGGCUGGAGUGCUGUUGUACGUUCUGAGCUCACUGAAAUCUCCACCUCUAGGUUGAAUCAAUCUCCUGCCUCCAGCUCCCAAGAUUGUUUUCUAAAGGCUCACAUUACGUGAGGAAGCAGCUCAGAAGAGCAAAGAAAAGGAGCCAGGCAUGGCUCUUCCUCAGGGACCCUUGACUUUCAGGGAUGUGUCUAUAGAAUUCUCUUUGGUGGAGUGGAAAUGCCUGACCCCUGCUCAGAGGGCUUUAUACAGGGAAGUGAUGUCGGAGAACUACAGGAACCUGGUUGAGCUGGAGUCUUGUUCAGACACCCAGGCUGGAGUGCAGUGGCAUGAUCUUGGCUCCCCGAAACCUCUACUUUUCAGGUUCCAGCAAUUCUCCUGCCUCAACCUCCUGAAUAGCUGGGAUUACAGACGUCUCUUCCAAAUGCAUAAUGAAGAAGUUUUCAUCAGCAGGGCAAGGCAAUACAGAAGUGUUCCACACAGGGACAUUGAGAAGAGAUGACAAUCAUCACAUUGGAGAUUUCUGCUUCCAGAAAAUUGAGAAACAUAGUCAUAACUUUGAGUUUGAGUGGCAAGAAGGUGAAAGAAAUAACCAUGAAGCACCCAGGACAGAAAUCAAAAAGCUGACUGGUAGUACAGAUUGAUAUGAUGAAAGUCAUGCUGGAAACAAGCCUAUUAAAGAUGAGCUUGGAUUAAGCUUUCAUUCACAUCUGCCUGAACUCCACAUAUUUCAGACUGAAGGGAAUCUUGGUAAUCAAGUUGAGAAGUCUAUCAAUGAUGCUUCCUUUAGUUUCAACAUCCCAAAUAAUUUUUUUGUAUAGCCAAAACCCAUAUUUCUAAUAACUAUGACAGUAAUUUCCUCCAUUCUUCAUUACUUACACAGAAACAGGAAGUACACAUGAGAGAAAAACCUUUCCAAUGUCAUGAGA